CCGCGGUAAAGUCCUGCCCUAGGCCUCUCUGGCCCUCUGGAGGACUUGCCGUCUGUGUCCGGCGGCGCCGGGCGGCGGUGGGCGGGUCUGACGUGCGGCGUGAAGAGCCAAGCGAGUGGGCUGCCUGGUCCGGGCUGUUUUAGGCUCCAGUGUUUUGGCGAUGGGGCUGCGGGAGAUGUGGAGACUCAUGUCGAGGUUUAAUUCAUCCAAAAGAACUAAUAUCAUACUACAGCAUUUGAGAAUGUCUAAGCACACAGAUGCAGCAGCAGAAGUCCUAUUGGAAAGAAAAGGUUGUGCAGGAGUGAUAACACUAAACAGACCAAAGUUCCUAAAUGCACUGAAUCUUAGUAUGAUUCGGCAGAUUUAUCCACAGCUAAAGAAGUGGGAACAAGAUCCGGAAGCUUUCCUGAUCAUCAUAAAGGGAGCUGGUGGAAAGGCUUUCUGUGCUGGAGGUGAUAUCAGAGUGAUCUCAGAAGCUAGAAAGGCAAAUCAGAAGAUAGCUCAAGAUUUCUUCAGAGAAGAAUAUAUGCUGAACAAUGCUAUUGAUUCUUGCCAGAAACCAUAUAUUGCACUUAUUCAUGGAAUUACAAUGGGUGGGGGAGUUGGUCUCUCAGUUCAUGGGCAAUUCCGAGUGGCUACUGAAAAGUCUCUUUUUGCAAUGCCAGAAACAGCAAUAGGGCUAUUCCCUGAUGUGGGUGGAGGUUAUUUCUUGCCACGACUUCAAGGAAAACUUGGGUGCUUCCUUGCAUUAACAGGAUUCAGGCUGAAAGGAAGAGAUGUGUAUGCAGCAGGAAUUGCUACACACUUUGUAGAUUCAGAAAAGUUGGGCAUGUUAGAAGAAGAUUUGUUAGCCCUGAAAUCUCCUUCAAAAGAAAAUAUUGCAGAUGUCUUAGAAACUUACCAUGCAAAGUCCAAGAUUGAUCAAGACAAGUCUUUUAUACUUGAGGAACACAUGGACAAAAUAAACAGUUGGUUCUCAGCCAAUACUAUGGAACAGAUUAUUGAAAAUUUACAGCAAGAUGGUUCAUCUUUUGCCCUAGAGCAGUUGAAGGUAAUUAAUAAAAUGUCUCCAACAUCCCUAAAGAUCACACUAAGGCAACUCAUGGAGGGGUCUUCCAAGACCUUGCAGGAAGUAUUGACUAUGGAAUAUCGGCUGAGUCAAGCUUGUAUGAGAGGCCAUGACUUUCAUGAAGGUGUUAGGGCAGUUUUAAUAGAUAAAGACCAGAGUCCAAAGUGGAAACCAGCUGAUCUAAAAGAAGUUACUGAUGAAGCUUUGAAUAAUCACUUCAAACCUCUGGGAAGUAAUGAUUUGAAAUUUUGAAGAGACUGGAUUUUUAAAGUAUUAUUUUGGAGCAGAGUUGGCAAACUAUGGCACAUGGGCCAAAGCCAACCUGCUGCCUUUUUUUUUUUUUUUUUCAUAUAUCCCUCAGCUAAGAAUGGUUUCUGCAUUUUUAAAUGGCUGGAGAAAGAAAUCAAAGACCAAUAUUGCAUGGCAUGUGAAAAUUACAUGAAAUUCAAAUAUCAUUGUCCAUAAAUAAAACUUUAUUGGAACAUGGCUUUACUCAUCCGUUGACAUAUCUGUGGCUGCUUUGAGUAGUUGCAGUAGAGAUUGUAAGGCCUGCAAAGCCUAAAAUAAUUACUGUCUGGUCCUUUUCAGAAAAAUUUUUCCAGCCCUAUUUUAAAAGAUGGGAAAAUUUGAAGGUCUUUAGAGAUUCUUGAGUUAGUAUAUCUAAUUGAAAUGGCAACUUUAUGUUUUGGCUUAGGGUAUUGGUUUUUAAUGUUGAUUAAGUAAACUUAUGUAUAGGUUAUAAAAAAUAAAAACUCUGAAAGUUUUUUGGAUAUACUGUGUUAACACUUCAUAGAAUUUUCUCCAUAUAUAAAUCUAUUUUAAAAUAAUUAUGAGUUUCUGUAGCUGAAGUGUUCCUUUUAUAAUGAUAGAAAUCUCAGGCAAAGAGAAAAGGUUAUUAGGUUGUCUUUCCAGUAUUGUCGACUCAGUCUUGGCUUUUUCUGAAGUUAACCAGAAUCCCUUCCUAUGGGGAAAGUCAAAGCAUUAUUUCUUGUUGUUUAGAGUAUUUGCUAAUCUGGCAGAAUGAGGCAUUAGAAAACUCUAAUCUCUAAGAUAGACACUCUGCCUUCUGCAAUUUACAUCAGACUUUUGUGAUAACAGUAAUUUGUUCUUACACAGUUCAAAUCAGGAGAAAGAACUUGAAAACAAGAGGACUUUUGUACAAAAUAGAAGUACCUUCAGUAAUUGGUACUGUUGACAAAAUAAGGUUUUUUUAAGGUACACAACUGUGGAUGUUCCAGACUUGGAACGUUAAUAUCUAGGUAAGAAUCAUUUUUAAAUUAAAGAUCAGCUUAUGAUUUACUUUA